AUGGUGGCGGCGGGUUAUUUCAGCGUCCUCUGCGCCACGCCGCCCAACCCCUCUCCAGAACGGAAUGAUCGCCACCGGAGUGAUCGCCUGAGAUUUAUGGCUGGGACAUUCCCCGCUGUUGCGCGCCGAAUUACCCUCGGUAUUAUUAUAUACCACGCCCUUCUGACGGUGGUUCGCCACACCCCUGUCGACACGAUGCAAGUGUGCCCUCAAUCUCAAAACAUUAGCCCGGAACUUUUCGUGUGGAAUAGAUUGUCCAUCACGUCUCUCCUCUUCAUUUACAUUGGAGCAUAUAUACGUUUGUCAGCCUACGGCGGGCUUGGAAAAUACUUUACGUUCCAUUUAGCGUCGCCGGAAAAUUUAGUGACCACAGGCGUGUAUAGCUGGGUCCAGCAUCCCAGCUACACUGGGGCAGGGUUGGUGUUCAUUGGAACUUCUGCUCUAUUUAUGAGAUGGGAUGCAACACCAGCUUGCUGGAUCCCUGACUUGGCCCUUAGUCAUUUACAAGGGUGGGGGCUGACCACGACUGUGGCACUCAUAUUAGCCACUUUUGGGGGUAUCGGACUGAGGGUAUUGGAUGAGGAAGACAUGCUAAGACAAAAGUUUGGACAAGAGUGGAAUAAUUGGCACCGAUCAACAAAGAGAUUCGUUCCCGGUCUGAUUUAA